GACGUCAUCGCAGCGCGCCCGGUCCGCACAGUGUGUGCCGGGGCUGUGUUCCCGGAGGCCGGAGCUUCGGCCGUCGCAUGAAAUCCAAGAACAGAAACAUGCUAGCCAGAAGCAGCAGACAGGAAUGGAAGUGAUUGCUUUCUCAAAAGACACAGUCUUAUCAGACAUCCAUCUUCGAAUCCAGCAUAAAAGACAACUCAUGGUCAGGCUGAACACGGUUGGACAGCCAGUUUUCCAGACAGAAUUUAAGAUCUUUUUGGGAAACAAUUUAUUAGAAACUGCAAGUAAUAAGGAAGAAAUCAGCUUUGAUGAUGAUACAGAAUCCUUGCUCUCUAGAGAGGCAACGCCACAUGAGGAGCAGAAAUUAGAAACUCUUCUCGAUGAUGAUGGUGAUUUGGAAGUCCAGAGAAGACCAGCAAGUCCUUCUGACAGACAUGUAUCAUCACCUUGUAUUCGAGAUGUUGUGUAUCCAUCUAUUCUUACACUAGGGAGUGAAGAAGACUACAAGGAAGAGGCUUCAAGUAAUGAUGAAGGUGUGGUUAAAAUAGAGCAUACUAUGGCCACCCCACUAGAAGAUGUUGGCAAACAGAUCUGGCGAGGAGCAUUUCUUCUUGCUGAUUACAUCCUGUGGCGGCAGGAUCUCUUCAGAGGGUGCACGGCAUUGGAGCUCGGGGCGGGCACUGGCUUCACAAGUAUCAUCAUGGCAACAGUUGCUAAGGCAGUCUACUGCACAGAUGUUGGUGAAGACCUCCUAGAUAUGUGCAAGAGAAAUAUAUCCCUAAACCAAGGCCUCACAAAAACAAAAGGUGGCCAAGUAAAGGUAAAUGAACUGGACUGGCUUAAGAAUCAAUUCUGUACAGAUCCAGAAGCUCCUUACAGCUGGACAGAUGAUGACAUAGCUGACCUUUAUGAUCAAACAACGGUCAUCCUGGCUGCUGACGUAUUUUAUGAUGAUGACCUCACUGAUGCACUGUUCAAAACUCUUGACCGAAUCACGCAUGCAGUGACAAGACUUUGCACAAUAUAUUUAUCUAUAGAAAGAAGGUUUAACUUUACUUUAAGGUAUAUGGACAUUACAUGUGAUGCAUAUAAUCAUUUCCGAAAUUGCUUAAACAAUUUUGAAAAGAUAAAGAACGGAAAGCUAAAGUGGACUGCAACAGAAAUCAAGCCAGCGUUUCCUCAGUUCUUCAGCUAUGAACGCGAACAUUUGGAGCUAUGGAAAAUUACAGCUACAACUCUUACUUAAAGUUUUUACUUCCCAUGUUAAGAGAACAAAUAUAAUUUUUGAUGAUGAUGAGAAAAACCAAAGAGUCAUCGUACAAGAAAGCAUGUUUCGACUAAUGCAUAGUAUUUCUCAAGCUGGACUUUCUACCUGUAUUGGACCCGCUUUUAAUAAAGAACACCAUGGAGGAUAUGCUGCCGACAUCUUUGUUUUUAUACUAUCCUCAGGAUAGGUCAUCAAUAUCAGAUCGGCCGGGGCCCGACUGCCGACAUCCCACUGAUCAGCUGUAUGAAGAGAAUGCAGCAUUCACAUGAGCGCUGUGUUCUCCUCGCAGUUUAUCUGCUCGACAUCAACACUGCAGCAGCGAGCAGUGUAAUUACAGCUCCUCCAUCCCAAGUGAAUCAGAGGGAGCCGUCACAUUGAAGUGAAGGAGGAGCCUGCUCAUCGCUGCUAUGUUAACAGUGAUGAGAACAAAGCAAGCAUUAUACAGCUGGUCGACGGGGUACCGGACCCCAGUGAUCUGAUAUUGAUGACCUAUCGUGAGAAUUGGUCAUCAAUAUAGGAUAAGCGGACAACCCCUUUAACAUACUAUGUGCAUCACUAUGAUAAAUUUGGUGCAGUUUCUGUCUGUCUGGUUUAGUUGUAUUCUAUUUCACUCUAGAUAGAAAACAUAAAUCUCCCUAUUUUAAGUUAACAAUUUUUUUCUCUAUUUCAGAAGGUUAAAACUACUGAGAGUUAACUGUGUAUAUUGAUGUUUAGCAUUUAGUUAUACACUGGAUUUCCAUUAGGUGGCCAAGAUUCAUUGCGACCAUCUCGUGGACCCCUUACCAUAUCAUGAAGCAUGCUUGUCACUGUUUACAAAAAACUAUGGUAAUGUUUUAAGCAGUUCAGAAUGAUUAAUAAAGUCCCACAGAUCAACAAUUAGCUAUCGGGAACAUUUGUUCAUUUAAACAGUCAUUCCUGAUAAUUGUUGCAUUGAAAUGUGAUUAAGUCAGCAAGCACUCGUUUGCUGGCUGAUCCAAUAGUUUUUGCUAGUUUUUCUCCCAUUCAUCUUAAUAGGGCUUGCAUAAAUCCAUGUGCUUCCCAGUAGAACCACCCCAUUAACAUUAAUGAAACUGAUUUUCAGUCUCAGAAAUGUUGCAACACAUCAGCUGUGUGUGAUUUCACCCUAAGAACAUUUCUAUACACGGUUAUAUUCAGGAACAUAUGGACUGUUUCAAUCAAAAUGUUCUAUCAUGUCUUGAAGACUGUAUAUGGAUUGCGUAAAACAUUUAUUUUAUUGGAGAUCAUAAAAGAAGAUUGAAAAGUUGAAGGACAAUUUGAGACAAACAUGGCCAGAACAAACUAUAUUAUAACUUUUUAAACUUUUGCUGUUUUUCUUUCUUCAUGUCUUUACUGUUGGAAUUGUGUCUGUAUGGUUCAUGCAGGCAGUGCAUGUUCACUUGAAUUGUUCUUUUUCCAUCUUAGUCAUUCCUUAGGUUUAGGCUCCAGUGAAGCAAUAAUUUGACAACUUUUAUUUAUGAAAAAGGUCACUAAAUUCCACAACGGUUUAACACUUUGGCAGCCUUAGAAUAAGAUCUUUUCUAGUUGGAUUCAGUAGUUGCUUAAGGCUCCUUUACACUGCCCGAUGGAGCAGACGAUCCUUCCUGACAAUCACUUGCUCGUCAGAGGAGAAGACCACUGCAUUUACAUUGAGUACUGUCCCCCCUCACUGCCCGCAGUAUGGGCAGGAGCAACUGCUAAUGCCAUUGCUCGUCCCUAUACGGAAACAAUGUUUGCUGGCAGCAAAGGCUGUUUAGACACCACGAUCUGCUGCCGGCAAACAAUGAUUUGGGCAUCCGCACCAACGAACCUAUUUAAUCGUAAUCGUUGGCAUUUUUACACUGGCAGAUUAUCGAACAUCAGGCAGUGUAAAGGGGCCUUCAGAUUUUAAUAUUGCCAAUUGCCGCAAGUGACUGAUAAGAAGAAAGUGUUGUGAGAAAUCCAAAUUCUUAAAUCGCGUAAAAGGUGUAGGUUUGUGAUUUAGGAAAAGGAUAAAAAAGUAUACACAACAGGCUGCAACCAGAACUCCUGUGUUGAUCUACCUAAUACAGAAAAAAUGUCAGAAACUGGACCGUCAACUUGAUUAAAAGAUCCAAGUGAACUUGCAAUUCAAUGUAAAUGCAAAUUACAAGUGUGAAAUGCGCUGUAUCUGCUGACCAUGUUCACUGGACAGGUUAGGCUGGAGUUGACUGUGUGGCAGCUUAGGAGAUGGUGUGAAAAUUUUUUCACAGUUUGUAAUUUGACGGUUUUACAAACUGUUCUCUGUGUUUCCAGCACUCAAUCCUACCAUCAUAGUUGUUAAAUGGAAGAACAGAAGCCCUAUGAAAUACGACCCCGGAAGGGGAUAGUAAAGACAAAAGUACAGUUUGUAUUCUUACAUUUCUAGUUUGCUAAAGGGGAAACUGACACAAUAUCGAGCUGCCAAUGACACAGAGCCUGUCUCGUUGAAAAUGCAGUCCCAUCUGUGG